UUAGCAAUGCCUUAUGCAAAUUGUCCAUCAGGUGAAAGCUUUACAAACUUUGGUACUAUACUCACUGAUUGAACAUUUUUUUACCUCCAAAGACUUCCUUUUGUAUCUAUGUUUUUGCAGUUGCACAGACUCAGAUUCUUUCUAAUCAGCAAGAACAAGUGCUUAAUCCUGCAAGCUUGGCAAUGCCUAAUCCAAGUGGUCCAUCAGGUAAAAGCCUUUACAAACUUUGGUACUAUACUCAGUGAUUCAAAGUUUGGUUUCUUGCAUGGUUUUGACUUCCAAAGAACUUGUCUUUCUGUUUUGUAGCUGCUCAGCGGCAGAUUCCUGAUGAGCAGCUAUAUAAACACCUUUAUGCUUCAAAGUUAGCAUUGUCUGAUGCAAAUGGUAUAUCAGUGCCACAGUUGCCUAUUCCUUAUGAUCAGCAAGAUCAGCACCUUUAUACUACAAACUUACCAUUGCCAUACGCAAAUGGUCCAUCAGAGACACAGUUGCCUAUUCCUAAUAAUCAGCAAGAGCAACACCUUUAUGCUACAAGCUUACCAUUACCAGUUGCAAAUGGUCCAUCAAUGACGCAGCUGCCUAUGCCUAGUAAUCAGCAAAAUCAACCCCAUCAGGAUCCAAGCUCUGCAUAUAAUGGUAACUCUCUUGGAGAUCCAGCCGUUGAACCAGCAGAUACUGAAAAUUGGAUGCUACUUUUUGAUCCUAAAUUUGCCGACCUUGGAGAUCUACCACCAUUGCCACCAGAAGAUACUAAUCCAUGGCCUUCUUCAUCUGAUGAUCUUCUCUAUAUUGAUCCUAUGCCAGAAGACUUUUCUGCGUUUGAGCUUGGAGGCGAUAUAUUAGAAGGAAUGCAUCCCAGUGAACUGGAACAACACCUAACCGGAGGACAAUACCAACCCCAUUGGCAGCAGCAAACAAUGCAAAGUGGAGGAAGAAGCAACAACAACGGGCUGGUGAAUGGAGAAAGCAAUGGCGAACACCAAUGGGUUGAUCACCAACAAGCAGGAGGUGUACAACGUCACUACCCUGAUGAAUCUGAAGCUUUGAACAAUCCAGAUACUGGCUAUAUUGGACAUAACGGGUUUAGUGACACAUAUAUCAACUCAGAAGCACAACUAGUAACGCAGCCCAGUGAACAGCCACAAAACCAAAACGGACAUUAUCAGCCGCAACCAAACGUCCCAGUAGAAACGCUGGUGAAUGGUGAAAGCAGUGACCACCAGUUCUGUAAUAACUUUGACAAGAACCAUUCAAAGCGAAUGUUGUGUACAAGCGUUGUUGAUAAACAACAAGAAGCAGGAAGAGUCAAACGUCAUCAACCUGAAUCUGAAGCCUUGAACAAUCCUAAUAAUGGUGAUGGGACACAAACAAACCAGCAAAUAUCUCCAGAGGCAAGAGCAACGUCAAGGUCCCUGAAAGAGUGGGAGCAACAUGAGAGGGAACAGUAGUGUUCUUCUUCUUGUUUUGUCAAUUGAUUACUCUCCAUUAGAUUUAGAUGAGCUUUCUUCUUCUUUUUCUUUCUGUAAGUUUAAGACCCACAAGACUUUUAGGAGAUUUAUUGAUAAACUGUUUCUAAACUAAUGCAAAGAUUGGAUCUUUCGAGACACUAAGUAACUAAAACUGAAAGCAACUCAGAAACGUUAAGAAUCUCUAAGAGAAGCAGUAGAGAACGAACCUCAAUGCAGCCGCCAAGCACAAGCACGAGAUUACGUUACGUAUGCAUCUGAUAAGCACAAGCUCUCUAUGAAGAGAAGACUUUAUCAAUAAGAAUAGUUGUGUUUUGUCCCACAUCGGGAAAUGAAACUAUUCUUUGUAGUAUAUAAUAAAGAAAGUAACACUCUAAGCACGUCGAGUUCAGUAACGCGGGCUUGUGAUCCAUGUGGAGACUAUAGGGUGAUGGGACGCUUGAUCGAUUUUAUUGGGCCGGGUUCGGGUUGAGCUUUAUUCUGGCCUGCCCAUACCAAGUUGGGAGUUGAGGCAUGGUUCCUGAGCGAAGGCUCGGGUGCUGUGUCUCUUAGAGUGGGGGAGACUGCGUGAGGCUGGUUUCACAGAACAGCGUUUCACCUCCCACUCUCAACGGUGGAAGGAUAACGGGCCAUUGCCUUCCGAGCCCACUAUGACCCAAUAAGCCGAUUCCGAUUGGACCAUCAUUUUUU